AUGGCGAGCCGAUUAGGAUCAUCGACAAUGGCCGUCGGGAGAACGGCAGGUAGAACCGGUGCAGGUAGGGCUGCUCUCAGUGGCACGCGCGCGCACGUGCGAGCGUGCCAGCUCAGCACGGAGAUCCACACGCUAUUGGCCGUCAUGCGCCAGAGCUCCAAAUGGGCUGUCUCCCCGAUUUUCCUCGACGAGACCUCCGGCGCCGACGCGGAGGAUCCGCUUUUGCGCAAUCUUAAAGCCCUAAGGCAGAAGAUCGUCACCGAUUGGUCAGACGACGACUGGGAGGCGGCGCGCGUGCCGCCUUCCGCGUACCUCACGCCGUUUCUCGACGUCGUGCGAUCCGAGCGAACAAACACGAUUGUUACCAGCGUCGCAUUGUCGUCAGUGCUCAAGAUCCUGAAUCUGCAGUUUUUCGACGAGUCGACGCCCGGCGCGGCGGUGGGGAUCCACAUGGUCAUGGACGCGGUCACGUCGUGCCGCUUCGAGGUCACGGAUCUCGCGUCGGAAGAGGCAGUUCUCGUCAAAAUUCUCCAGGUAACCGUGUCGCGUCUUAGAAUACCACGUGUCAAGGUUCUUCUAGAAACGGUUCUUCUAGAAACGGUGCGCAGCCCAGCGGGUCCCCUGCUGUCAGAUCGCCACAUGUGCAGCAUCGUCAACACGUGCUUCCGCGUGCUGCACCAGGCGGCCUCUAAGUCACUGAUUCCCCCCUUUCCCCUUCCCUCCCCAUCCCCCAGGUUCUCCUGGAAACCCCCAGCAGGCCCACUCCUCUCGGAUCGCCACAUGUGCAGCAUCGUCAACACGUGUUUCCGCGUGCUGCACCAGGCGGCCUCCAAGAGCCACCUGCUGCAGCGCCUCGCCUGCCAAACCCUCCUCGACAUGGUCCGCGAGAUUUUCGGGCGGCUGCCCGAGCUGCCCGCGAGCGAGGAGGAAGGGGAGCUGGGGGAGGCCGAGGCGACGCAGGGGACGAUGGACAGCACGCCGUUCUCGCCAAGAGUGGAGGCGAGGGAGGGGGGCGGGGAGGAGGGGGUGCAGGAGGGUGCGUUGGAGCUUGGGGGAGGGAUGGUGGAGGAGGGGGGCGGAGGGGAGGGCCGAGAUGGUGGCAAUGCUGGUCAGGUGAGUGUGGUUGAACCGGGUCAGGGAGUGGAGCUGCGAACAGGGAAAAGGUGGGGGGAAGGCGAGGCGACACAGGGGACGAUGGACAGCACUCCGUUCUCCCCUCGGGUGGAAGCGAGGGAGGGGAGCAGGGAGGAGGGGGUGCAGGAGAGUGUGUUGGAACUAGGGGGGGCGGUGGUGGAGGAGGGGGGUGAAGGGGGUGGGCGAAAUGGUGGGAAUGCUGGUCAGCGCGGCUCAAGCAGAGAAGCCGCAGGCGAGGGAGAGGACAGGGAGGAGGGCGAGGAGCGGGGGCAGGCAGGCAGCAGCAGCAACAGAGCGUUGGUGGGAGCGUUGGGGCGCCCGCAUGGGGUGGCGUGUGCAGUGGAGGUGUUUCACUUCCUCUGCUCGCUGCUAGGCCUGGAGGACCAUCAGUCAGCGCUCUUUGCCUCGGGCAUGCUAGCAGACGAUGACGUCUCUCUGCUGGCCCUCAGCCUCAUAUCGGCUGCUCUGGAGCUUGCUGGGCCAGCGGUGGUACACCACCCGCGCCUGCUGUCACUAGUUCAGGACGAGCUGUUUCGGUCACUGCUUCAGCUGGGACUCUCCCCCAACCUGCUCGUGCUCUCCCAGGUACGAUGCUACUCUCGGGUCUCCCUCCCAGGUAUGAGCCUCCUCGGCCUGGAGGACCAUCAGUCAGCGCUCUUUGCCUCGGGCAUGCUGGCAGACGACGACGUCUCGCUGCUCGCCCUCAGCCUCAUAUCGGCUGCGCUGGAGCUUGCUGGACCGGCGGUGGUGCACCACCCGCGGUUGCUUUCCCUCGUGCAGGACGAGCUGUUCCGCUCGCUGCUGCAGCUGGGACUGUCACCGAACCUGCUCGUGCUCUCCCAGGUCCUGGCAAUAGUGCAGAUCCUCUUCCAUUCGGCCCGAGUACACCUGAAGCUGCAGCUGGAGGUCCUAGCCAUAGUGCAAACGCUCUUCCAUUCAGCCCUCCAGACGCUGCAGGGUGUGCUCGCCAUAGUGCAGACACUCUUUCAUUCAGCCCGAGCGCACCUGAAGCUGCAGCUCGAGGCGUUUUACACCUGUGUCAUCGCCCGCCUCGUCGGCACAGCAGGAAAGUUCACCGCGACUUCCUUCGCGCAGCAGGAAGCUGCCCUGGAAGCCCUCCUCGACUUUUGCCGCCUGCCCGAAUUCGCCGUGGAAACUUACGCCAAUUUUGACGCCGACCUCACAUGCGCGAAUUGCCUGGAGGAGCUUUCAGGACUGCUGUCUCGAGCAGCCUUCCCUGUGAACACACCGCUAUCAUCGCUGCAUGUGCUGGCUAUGCAGGGGUUGCUGGCUGUAGUGCAUCAUAUGGCGGACAGGGCCAAUGCGGCUGCCGCUGCUGGUGUUGCCGCUGGUGCUGGUGGUGGUGUUGCGCCCGACGCCCGCGCAGUCGCCUGCUUUCUGCGCUUCACACCGGGACUUAACAAAACACUAGUGGGGGACCUGCUGGGCGGGCACGAGGAGUUCCACGUCCGCGUUUUAGGGGAAUUUGCUAAGCUGUUCGACUUCGAGGGCAUGGCGCUGGACGCGGCGCUGAGAACCUUCCUGGAAGGGUUCAGACUGCCGGGGGAGGCGCAGAAGAUAUCGAGAGUGCUGGAGGCGUUUGCAGAGCGGUACUAUGAGCUGGCGCCCGCUGCGUAUGGGUUUGCGAACCAUGAUGUGGCGUAUGUGCUGUCGUACUCUGUCAUCAUGCUCAACACUGACCUCUAUAAUGGCCAGGCGUAUGUGCUGUCGUACCCUGUCAUCAUGCUCAACACUGACCUCUACAAUGGCCAGGUGCGGCGCAAGAUGACGGAGGAGGAGUUCAUCCGCAACAACCGGAAGAUCAACGACGGCAAGGACCUCCCAAGAGAGCUGCUCUCAGAGCUCUACCAUGCCAUCGCCCGCAACGAGAUUAAGAUGUCCUCCGACGUCUCCCUCUCCUCCUCCUCCGCCUCCGCCUUCCCUGAGAUGAAUCUCAGCCGCUGGCUCGGGCUGAUCCGACGGUCGCCGACCGCCGUGCCUUACAUCCUCGCAUCUAGUGCUGAGCCUGAGUUUACUCCUGCUUCUGCUGCUACUGCUGCUGCUGCUGCUGCUGCUGCUGCUGCUGCUGCUGCUGCUGCUGCUGCUGCUGCUACUGCUGCUGCUGCUGCUGCUGCUGUGGCUGGCGAUGGCAUUGGUGAUGGUGGUAGUGGUAUCGGUGCCAGUGCUGUUGCUGCUGCUCUGGGGGACAGAGCCAGCACUGACAAUGCUGCAUGUGAUGCCUCGCCCUCUCAGUCUCUUGACUCCGCCACUCCCGCUUUCCUCACUUCAGAAUCCCUCCCUCCCGCCCCCCCUCUCCUGCAGUCCUCCUCCCCACCCCGCCCCUCCCCCCCAUCCAAGCACCUCUCCCCACUCUCCCCUCCUCUCUCCAACCUCUCCCUCCCGCGCUCCUCCUCCCUCUUCCUGCUCCAACUAGACAGAGACGUGUUUGCAGUAGUGGCAGGCCCAGCCAUAGCAGCCAUAUCAGUUGUCUUCGACCACACAGAAGACGACGAGUCCCUCCUCCGCUGCUGCACUGACGGGUUCUCAGCCGCUGCUGACGUGGCGGCUUUUCACGGGUUCUCGGGUGCGUUGGACGAUCUAGUGGUCUCCCUCUGCCGAUGCACCACGCUCCGCCUGAACCCCUCCGGAUCGCUGCCAAGUGGCGCCGAUCUAGUGGACAACGCAGCAGCCGUGGCUUUUGGAGAGGACACCAAGGCUCGGCUGGCCGCCGUGACUGUCUUUGGUUUGGCAAACAGGCACGGCGGGGUGGUUCGGGGAGGGUGGCGGAACCUGCUCGACUGUGUGGUUCGGUUGCACAAGCUAGGAUUGCUGCCUGCUCGUGUUAUUAGCGAGGUAGAGGAUACAGAGGACGGGGCAUUCGCAGGGGGGUUAUACGCCUCCCCACAACCACAGCAGCAGCCGCAGCAACAGUCACAGCAGCAGCCGCAGCAGCAGCAGAUGGGAACGAGUCCCACCCCUUCCUCCUCCACUAUAUCAUCUACCACCACCGCUGCCACAUCAACCCUGGCCAUCACAAGCCCGGCAGCAGCAGCAGCCCGCAAGAAUGGUGCCGGCAGCGGCAGCGGGGGCGGGGGAGGGCUGAUGAUGCGUUUCUCCCAGCUGCUCCUUCUGGAUUCUGAUGACGACUACUCGUACGGCGGCGCCAGCUCAGCGCAGCCCACGGAGCGCCAGGUGGCGGCGCGGCAGCGCACGGAGGAGGCGGUGGGGGCGUGCCGGAUCGAGGAGCUGUUCCGGGAAACCUCAGAGGGGCUAGAAGCAGAAGCACUGAUGCACCUCGUGAGGGCCAUUGUGUGGGCUGCUGGCAGGGCUUUUAGGGGCGCGCUGGGGGUGGGCCCUGGUGGGGCUGGUGGGGGGAGUGCUGGGGGCGCGGGGGGAGGGGCUGGUGGGGGCGGGAUGGGGGGAAGAGGAGGCGGAGGGGGAGCAGGAGCGGGAGCGGGGGGAGGAGGUGGUGGUGGGGGAGGGGGGGUGGCUGGUGGGGCGUCUGUGGGGGGAGGAGUGGGGAGUGGAGGAGGGAUAGCUGUCGGCCCUCUAUCACCCGAUGAAGAGGACACAGCAGUCUUCUGCCUGGAUCUGCUCCUCGUGGUAACCCUACGUAACCGCUCCCGCGUGCUGCUCAUCUGGCCGCUCCUCUCCUCCCAGCUUGCAAUCAUCAUGCAGUCGGCCCAUGCGGGUCCGCCACCUGGCCCACUGGUAGAGCGAGCCGUCUUCGGUCUCCUCCGCCUGUGCAGAAAGCUCCUACCAGCAGCCGAUGAAACCCUAGCUGAUGAGCUUCUAAGGUCCCUGCAGCACGUGCUGAGACUCGAUGCCAGGCUGGCUGAUGCCCUCUGUGAGAGGAUCACUCGCGGCGUGUUGGGGAUUGUGAGGGAGGGGCGGCAGAGCGGGGCGCUGCGGAGAGUGAAGUCGCCUCCUGGGUGGAGAACGCUCGCUGCUCUGCUGGCCAUCACAGCCAGGCAUCCUGAUGCUGCUGCUCCCGGGUUCGAAGCCCUCUCGUGGCUCAUGGCGCCCAUUCCCCCGGGUGCUGCUGCUCCCGGUGCAUCUCCCGCUGCUCUCGCGUCGGAUUUCUCUGCUGGUGCUGUGGAGGAUUAUGGGGAGGUUUGCACUGAUGGGCCGCCCUGCGUGUCCCCGUGCAACUUCAUCCCGUUCCUCGACGCGGCUCGAGACUUCGCCGAGGCUCGGGUGGGAGGUUCGGAGCGGUCGAAGCGGGCGAUGGACCUGCUGGGGUGCUUGAUAGACUGUCUGCUGGAGUGGAGAGUAGCAGGGGAGAUGGAGCAAGCAGCAGAGGCGGACCGACUAGCAACAGCAGCAGCAAUGGCAGGAGGCGGUAGGAGUGAGGGAGACAGUUUGAGCAGUGCUGUUUCCGGUGCAUUUUCCCCGCAGCAACAACCUCCCCCGUCAGCCGCCCUCUCUCCCCCGCAACUAAGCCCCAUACCCUCUUCGUCACCAGCAGGGGCUGCUGCAGCCGGGGGAGGCACAUCUGGAGCAGGGCGGUUCUCAGGGCAGGACUUGGCAGACCUGUGGCUGCGCCUGCUGCACGCGCUGCGCCGGGUGUGCUCAGACCAGAGAGAAGACGUGCGGAACCAUGCUCUCGUGUGGCUGCAGCGCUGCCUUCUCGCUGCCGACCCCCUCCGCAUGCCCACCACCAUGUGGGCUCCGUGCUUCGACCAGGUCGUGUUUGUCCUGCUGGACGAUCUUUUAGAGGUGCAUUUGCGGGAGAAACCCAAGGAAUACCGGGGUAUGGACGCGUCUCUGCUCCGUGCUGUCAAGAUGCUGUCCAAGGUUUUUCUGCAUUUUCUUGCCAGCCUUGCUUCGCUGCCAGGCCCGGGGUUCCGAGCCUUGUGGCUCGGCGUGCUGCUUCGGAUGGACCGGUAUAUGAGGGCUGGAGGGGCUGGGGGCGGCGGGGGGAGGAGGGGAGGAGGAGGUGGGGAGGGGAGAGGAGGGGGAGAGUCAUUGAGGGAGAGUGUGGGUGAGGUGCUGAAGAAUAUGCUGAUGGUGAUGCUGACACAGGGCGUGCUGCAGGUGACUGACGCGUCAGACACGGAGAGCCUGUGGACUGCCACGUGGCGCGCGGUGCACGCGAUGCUGCCGCACUUAAACCCUGAGUCGCUCGUCCCGCCGGCACCGAUUGCACCUGCGCCCAUGGCUGCGGGUCCUGUAGGUGCUGGUGCUGCAGGGAUGGAUGGGCAGCAAUCAGGAGCGGCCGUGGGAGCGGUUGAGGCGCUUGCCGAUGCGCUGUGCCCGUCAAAUCGCUCUCAGCCUACCGCCAGCCCAACAGCCGAAGCUGCAUCCAAUCCUGAGACAGCUGCUGCUACAACCGACGCUACAGCCGGCGGUGCUGGAAGCAUCACCUCAGGAGGUCACGGCUUGAGACUACCGCCGUGGAAUUUCGACGGAGUGCAUUUCACGGAUGGGGGGCCUCUCACCGUGCAGUACCUGCUGCUGCUCGACGCCCUCAACUUCUGCUUCUGGCCGGGUGUGACCAAAGUGAGACCAAGGCCUACAAAAUUUCGUUAUCCUUCUUAUUCCUUCUCAAUCAUCCCCUCGCUUUCCCCUAUCCACUUCAUCCACUCCUUGCGCUUCGUCCCCUCCAUCCACUUCACGCCCACAACAGACCCCUCACUGCACUACGAGCAUCUGGCGUCCAGCCUAAGAGCAGCAGUGCAGCGCGAUCCCACCAGCAUUGUCGCAGGCCUGCGUGCUCUGCUUGGCCCGAAGCCCUUCCCGUUGGAGCAGCAGCGGGUGCAGGCAGCGCGGCAGGUGGGGCAGGUGCUGCUGCGGCGCUUCAGUGGCAGUGCGGCGAGCAUGGUGGAGGAGGCAGGGGGGAGUGCAGAGAGGCUCGUGUGCCUGCUCACCACACACUUCACCUACUUCCAGGAUCACGCAAUCUACCGUGGCCGCCAGGUGGCGCUCUUCAAGAGGGCGCAGAUCUUUGUGGCAGAUGUGUGGGGCGCGUUCAAUGGGCGUGGGCUCGGUCACUUCUCAGACAUCCACCGUCUCACCAUGUUUGCCGACUAUGUGGUCCCCGCCGUGCUGAGAAGCAGAGGCGUGCUCAGAUACGCCCCGGGCAUUGCUGCUGCUGUGGAUGGCAAACAAGAGAUUCUCCCGGGUAGGCUGGGUGGUUUUCCAGGUUCGGAAGAAGAGGUGGAGAUUAGAGCGUGCUGCAUCGUUGCCACCGAGCGGCUUCGAGAGCGAUUGGAGCGUACAGUGGGGAAGCAGGUGAGAUGA